AUGGACUUCCUGCAGCUCUCUGGGACUUUGUCCAUUCCAUUCUGGCAAUGGUUCCUGACCAGAUUUGGGAAAAAGACUGCAGUCUACAUUGGCAUCACGUGGGCAGUGCCUUUCAUGAUCCUGAUCGUCUGCAUAGAGAGCAGUCUGAUUGUGGCUUAUGUGGUCUCUGUGGCAGCAGGGGUCAGUGUGGCUGCAGCUUUCCUCCUACCCUGGUCAAUGCUCCCAGAUGUGGUGGAUGAUUUCAAAGUGAAGAAUCCAGACUCUAGUGGCCACGAGGCCAUUUUCUACUCUUUCUAUGUCUUCUUCACCAAGUUUGCCUCAGGAAUCUCCCUCGGCAUCUCCACUCUCAGUCUCGACUUUGCCGGCUAUGUGACAAGAGGCUGCUCGCAACCCGAUGCAGUGAAUUUAACCCUGAAGGUGCUGGUCUCAGCUGCUCCUGUGGUUCUGAUAUUCCUAGGGCUGUUGAUAUUCAAGACCUACCCCAUCGACGAGGAGAGGAGGCAAGGCAACAGGAAAGUACUGCAGGCGAUGCGGGACGGCAAUCAGGAUUCCGAUACAGAGUCCACAGAGCUUGGGAGCGUUGUGUAGGAGCCCUGAGAGAGGGGACGGGGGACGGGUCCAGCCGAAAGGCCACAACUGUCCUGCGUGUUUGCGCUGGCAGGCUGGAGUGUUUAGGUGUCAUUGGAACUAACAGUAGGAAAACCAGACGACACUGGCUGCUUCCUACCUGAUGCUACAUGAACGCAAUGGCCCUAGUCUCCAAAGGAUUCAACUGGCUUACAGAGACCCCUAAUGGACAUUCUGAGUCAUCGCCCUCUCUGUGCCCUGUCUAUUGCCUGCUGUACUAGUGGUAUUGGUUUAUGAGUCUGUUUGUUUGCAUAACAAACAUUGGUUUGGGAUUAUUUGGGGGGGGGCAUUUACCCUUCAAAUCUAACAUUUGAAUGAUGUUUGUCUACCUGAACCAAGUAUUAUUCUCAGCAGAGGGAAAAAAAAGAUUUUCCAUCCAGAAAGGGUGGUCCCCAUAGAGGGAAGAUUUCAGUCCUCAUUUUUAGGGCAUACCAGUAACUUGUUCUAUCUAGACUGUGUUUUAUAUGGUUGUUUUAAUGUAAAUAAUAUUCACUUAUCUCGAGAGUAAUACCCUCCUUUAGGGACGUGGAGAGCACAUAACUGUUCCAUUUCAGACAAUCUUAUCCAUUCACUGGAAUUUAUAUUGGUGUCUUGUGGGGAAAAGGAACCUUGAAAAAUAAACUAACCUUAAUGAACUCA